UUGGCAAUGUCAGAAACUGUGAGAACUGAUGAGAGCAGUUCAAAGAACAUUUAUGGUGACCCACCAAAGGUCAAUAUUAGUCUUCCAGAGAUAAGUGAACUAACCCAGGAUUCUAAACGAUGGAAGGAUGUUCAACUCCCAAUUGACAUUCUGUUGUUAACAGUGAAGGACUGUGAAUUCUUAAGUUGCUACCAUUACAUUAAUGAUCCAUAUAGAAGCUACUUUAAAGGGCUUGGUCGUGUGUACUUUGGCAGCUUUGGUGAAGAUCAAGAUGUUAAACUGAAAGUAGCUUUGAUGAAAUGCUCAGAGGGUUGUAAAGUUCCUGGUGGUGCUUUGACUGUUGUAAAAAAUGCUGUCACUCAGCUGAGGCCAAAAGCUGUCUUUUCUGUGGGCCACUGUAGUGGUAUGAAUCAGGAAUCAACAAAGCUUGGGGAUGUGGUUCUAUCAGAAAAGCUCACAACCUAUUCCUACCAGAAGGUUACAAAGGAUGGAAAGAAAUUUUGUGGGUUCACAACUCCUGUAAGCAGAGACAUUGCUGAACUCAUUGAAUGUGCAGGUCAUGGUUGGAAUCCACCCUUAGAAAAUCCUAAAGAGAGGAAAGUUGAAGUCCUCUGUGGUGAGGUUUUGAGUGGUACUGAGGUCGUGCAAGCUGAAUGGCGACGAGAGGAACUAGUGAAGUCAUUUCCUGAAGCAAUUGCAAUUGAAACAGAAGGAGAGGGUAUUUUCAGUGCAGCACAUGAUCUGAAAAUGGAGUGGGUUGUCAUCAAGGGUAUUUCAGGAUAUGCAGAUGGAACUGAAUCAAAAGAAAACUGGCAAACAUUUGCAAGUGUAACAGCAGCUUCUCUUGUUGUCAGCAUUCUAAAGGAAUGCAGUAUUUUUGAAGAUUGGCCACAUUACAAAGGUGGUUCUACUAAACAUUUGCGUCGGCUAAAGGUGAAACGCCGUGAUGAAGAGUCGUCUCCGAGUGACGCCUUAACUCCGAAGAAAAGAAAAACUCGUUUAGCAGGUGGUUCUACUAAACAUUUUCGUCGGUCAAAGGCGGAAUGCCGUAAUGAAGAGUCGUCUCUGAGUGACGCCUUAACUCCGAAGAAAAGAAACACUCGUUUAGCAGUGAAGCAAGGAGUUCCCAGCGACGAAGAUUUAGAGUGGCUUUCGCAGAAACUCGAAAAUUGGAAGGCAGUCGGGCGUCGUCUAGAAAUUGAGGAUGCAAGAUUAACGGCGUUUGAUAAUGAAAAUCGGGAAUUCUUUGAAAAAAUCUACAAAAUGUUGCUACAUUGGAAAAAGAGGAAUGGCUCAACUGCAACAUACACGAUCCUACAUGAUGCACUGUGUCAUCCAUUGGUUAAUCGCACAGAUUUAGCUGAGCAACUUAUUACUGGUAAUGUAUCCCUUAUCUUGCAAUUCAAUAAAAAUGCAAUUACAUACAAGUAUAGUGCCUAA